CUCCUCCUCUGAGGAACUACUUCACUUUCUUUUCCAUCAUGGCUCCUUAUGACAGGCUGGGGUACUGGGGCCGUCCGACAUCGACCCUGGACUGGUGCGAGGAGAAUUACGCCGUAUCCUUCUACAUCGCGGAGUUCUGGAACACAGUCAGUAACCUGAUAAUGAUCGUGCCUCCGCUUUAUGGUGCCCUGCAGACUUUCAGAGAUGGCAUUGAAAUCCGCUUUGUCCUCGCAUUUCUCGGAAUUGCUGCUGUUGGCGUUGGGUCUUGGUGCUUCCAUAUGACUCUACAGUAUGAAAUGCAGUUACUGGAUGAGUUACCGAUGAUCUACAGCGGCUGUAUCUUUCUCUACUGCGUAUAUGAAUGCUUCAAGCAAGAAAAGACUGUCCAUUUCCUGCUCAUAACGAUCUUGUUGGGAUUCAGCAUCAGUGUCACACUGGUAUAUUUACAGUGGAAGGAGCCAGUAUUUCAUCAGGUUGUCUAUGGGAUGCUAGUGAGCUGCCUGGUUUUACGAUCCCUGUUCAUAGUCAGCUGGGUGUACCCAAAUCUCCGACGCCUCGCCUACACAUCUUUAGCGGUGUUCCUGCUGGGAUUCGCACUGUGGAAUAUAGACAAUCUCUUCUGCAGCACACUGCAAAGUGCUCGAAAGAGGGUCCCGCCUUUGGUCGGGGCGAUGACGCAAUUCCAUGCCUUGUGGCAUAUUCUGACGGGCCUGGGGUCUUACCUGCAUGUACUCUUCAGCCUUCAGAUAAGGAUUACCUACCUCAAACACAGAUCAUAUGUAAAGUUCGUCUAUGGGGUGUGGCCUGUGGUUCACGUCGAUAUUGACAAGACUUUCUGAGUUCGAAGAUAUAAAGCACAAGAAAAUCAACAGCCAUUGCUGUGCUGGGACACACCAAUGCCCUUCAAAUGCUACAGGCUAAAUAUAGUUUUACCGACAUGCAGAGGGAUUAUUCUUUUAAUUAAAAAUUGCUUCUGAACCUAAGUUCCAUUUCAGUCACUGAGAAAAUCCUUACAUUUGAAAACACAUUCAUAUAGUCCAGGUUGAUCCAAAACAAUAAUGUUAGACUAAAUUCAUAUUGCAUAUUUAGCAUACAAGGAAUACUGACUGUACAUUACUGUUGUAUAAUUUCAACACUAAGUUUUUAGCAGAACAGAAAUGAUCGAGAUAUACAUGCAACAGGAAUGCAAUUUUAUUGUGUGCUUAAAGCACUGUCACAUUUCUUGUGUAUAAGUCAUGCUAAGUAAUGUUUUCUAAAGGAUUGACUUCAGAUUCACUUUUACAGUGUUGAAGGCUGGCUGUACAAAGAUUUUUAAUUUGAUUUUUAAUAUGUUUUUAGUUAAAGGUUUGUGCUGGUCACAAUAUGAUGCCUAAAAGUUACUCCUCGGUGAAAGGUCUGUUUUUCACAUUUGUUAUGUUUUUGUUUUAUUAACACACAAUUUUAUUGCUGAAAAUAUAAUUCACAUAAUUUAUGACAGCUUAAAAAGUUUUUUAUUGCCAAGUCAGUAAGUUGCAAAAUAGGUUUUUGAAAUUACAUGAGAGUUAUAACUGUAAUAUUUGUUUGCACCAAUGUUUUCUAACAGUUGAUUUCGUGCAUAUUUGUAGCAAACAGCUGAUCUAAUCUGGGGGCUGUGUAAUCUACCUCCUGAUUGUGCUGUCUACCUAAACACUGGACUGAAACAAGUACAUGGUUUAAUGUUAAUUACUUGUAUUGCAUGGGCGGAAGUGUGGGUGGUGAACUUUUAGUCUGAAAUUCAUGAAUUGUACAGGGCGUUGCCAUGAAAUUCAUUUCAUUAUUGCUAAAUCCUCUUGCUUUGUUUAUUUCCUCAUUUUCCUUCGAAGCAAAUUUGCACAGAUGGUUAAUGGCCUUGCUACAUGUGUAUUAGGAAAUCAUUAAGUUAUAUUGCGUAAUUCAUGAGCAAUGCUUAGAAAUGAUGCAAUACUAUAAUAUAUUAUUAGCACAAUGGGUGAUCAGAUUUUCUGUUCUUUUUUUCCAAUACUGGGUCUGUUUCUAUAGCAUUAGUUUAUAGUAUUUUUGUUUUACUAUCAUUAUGCUUUUACUCAUGUAGCUUUUAAUCAAAACACAAGCACUCAGAAUGUAUACCAUUGUUGGAUGACUGAAAAUAACUGGAUAAUGAAGAUCUGUGAUAAACCACAUUCUUUGACCUUGUGUUCAUAAAUGGGUGAAUGUGCCUUUGUGGAUAACAAUCAUUUUGUUGUUGAUUAAAUGUACUGUAUUUGCAAGCAACUGCCAGUAAUUUAGUGUCUGGCAGUUUGAUUAAUAAAAAUAGACCUUGUUCUUCA